GUGGCAGCGGCCGCCAUGGUGGUGGUGUCCGGCCCGCCCUCGGCCGCCCCCAACGUGCUGCUGCUGGCGGCGGGGAAGGCGGCGGCGGCGGCGGCGGCCGGCGGGGUGGUGAUGAUGGCGGCGGCGGCGGCGGCACCGGAGGCCGGGGGUCCCGGCCCCAGCCCGCCCCAGGCCCGCAAGAGGCAGCGGCUGACGCAUCUCAGCCCGGAGGAGAAGGCGCUGCGAAGGAAAUUGAAAAACAGAGUAGCAGCACAGACUGCCAGAGACAGAAAAAAAGCCAGGAUGAGCGAACUGGAACAGCAAGUGGUUGACUUGGAAGAAGAGAAUCAGAAACUUUUGAUUGAAAAUCAGCUUUUGAGAGAGAAAACUCAUGAUCUUGUGAUGGAGAACCAAGAGUUAAGACAACGCUUGGGACUAGAUGCCCUAGUUACAGAAGAGGAGGGUGAAUCCAAGGUGAAUGAAGUCAGGACAGUGGCCGGGUCUGCUGAGCGCAGCACUCAGACUACGUGCGCCUCUGCAGCAGGUGCAGGCCCAGUUGUCACUUCUUCUGAUCAUCUCCCCAUGGAUUCAGACAGCUUGGACUCUUCAGACUCUGAGUCUGAUAUAUUACUGGGGAUUCUGGACAGCCUGGACCCAGAAAUGUUCCUCAGAUAUGGCGAUGUGGAGUCCGCCUGUCUGGAGGAACUCGAAGAAGAGGUCUGUGCAGAAGAGCCCAGUUCCUUACCAGCCUCCCCCUCUUCUUCGCUGGGGUCCCCAUCAGCCAAGUUGGAGGCCAUUAAUGAACUGAUCCGGUUUGACCACGUGUAUACCAAGCCCCUCAUCUUGGAGAUUCCCUCUGAGGCAGGUGGCCAAGCCAGUGUGGUAGUGAAAAUAGAGGAAGCACCCCUCAGCCCCUCGGAAGAGGAUAAUCCCCUCGAGCAGCCCAUCAUCUCUGUGAAGGAGGAGCCCUUAGAGGAUGACUUCAUUCCCGAGCUGGGUAUCGCCCAGCUCCUCUCAGCCAGCCCUAGCCUGGAACCAUCUCCCUGCCUGCUGGACGCCUGUAGCGACUCCGGAUACGAAGGCUCCCCCUCCCCUUUCAGCGACCUGUCCUCUCCCCUUUGCACGGACCGCUCGUGGGAGGACACCUUCGCCAACGAACUCUUUCCCCAGUUGAUCAGCGUCUGACCAUUCCGGGCAUGCUGCUCCUUCCUAGGGCAGAAGCGGAUGGAAAGCCUCAAGGGCAAGAGCUGUCUCGGCGCCCUUUUGUUUAUAAAGCCAAAAUGAAUCAGCUCUCCAGGUGUAUUUCUCCAGAGAGUAUCCGCGUCUCUGUCAGAGCUCACGGUUCACCCAAAGUAUUGCUCUGUCUCUAGCAGUCAGUGAGGCUGGUCAUUCACGCCCAUUCUAAGUGUUGAGAGUCCAAAAGCAGGUUUCAGGCUGCAGCCGGAAUAGAAGGGCUGAUGUGGCCACUUGGUAUGCCAAACCUAUCUGGGUAAAAUGUUCUAAGGGGGAAAAGUUGGAGUUGGGUCUCGAUAGAUCAGUCUCCCCUUCACACUUACACCCCUGAGUUUGAGCAAGCAGAGAGAAUGUCCGAGAGGGCCACUCUUCCCUCGUGUACAGAUGAAUAAAGUGCAGAUCAAGACUAUUUUGUAAAAAAAAGAAAAGAAAGAAAAGUUAGGAAUUUUAUAAAUGCUUGAGGAAAUCUUUUUCCAUGCUAGCUUGGCUUCUGUGGGGUGCUUUCUCCAUUUGAUAUUUAAAACUACCUGUGCAAUUAAAAAAAAAGUGCAAUGCA